CAUCAUAAUGACGUCGAAGGUCAAAUCUCGUCCAUUUUAGAAACUAGGGGUGACCUCCGUCAUUGCAGUCACGUUCUCCCCUAAGUAAGCACCUCUGCAUUAAAUUUAAUAAAACAACCGUAAGUACCGUUUUAAAAAUUUGGUCUACCGUUUAACAAGUUUUAUUUAUUUCUUGGGAUACAAGUAAUGGAGUCGACAAGAAGGUUGUUCAAUUAGACCGAGUUAAGAGUUAGGCCUACUUAAAAAUUCGGUUACACACCGGUCACAAUCACGCCUCUUAGUCCUUAGUCCUUAGUCUUAUUUAAAGUUAUUUAGUGAGCAGUCGGAGUCUCAGAAAACAAGUUCGUCAUCCCAGAGACUUAGACUUAUGACAAUUUUCGCAUCGGUCCUCGUCACACUGACAUUGUAGCACUGAGAGUUGUCUCGUUCUGAAAAAUUUAUUUGGAAGUUACAUAAUCAUAAUCAUUUAUUCAUGUAUUGAAUAUUGCAUCAUUAUUACUAACACUAACAUAUUUUCAUCAUUGACUUUGACAAUGACAAUAGUCAAUAAAUAACACUAAACUUUCUAAACAUGCAAAUCAUUCUCAUACUCGUCUUAGUGUAGUCUAUGCAAUUUUACUACAUAAUUUGUCAAUAUGUGUCUAUACACUAGUCUACAGUCACGACAUUAAUAUUAAUAGGCAAUAGGCUUGAAUAGGCCAGGUAAUCUAAGUCUAAAAUAAAAAUUUCAUAAUGAUUAUAGUGAAAUCAAUUAUAAAAUUUAAAUAAAAUUCAAAUAUUCCCCUAAGCUUAAACAGAGCUUGGCCUUGGCUUCACUUUCUGCAGUCUGAAGUUUUUUUCACAUUUCUUAAAAAUCUUAAGGCUUAAGGUGAUUUUUUAAAAUAAUUAACUAACUUAAUUAACUUAUCUGAAAUAGCGCUGAUCUGAUCAGUUAUAUAAUAAAUUAUAUAUUAACUUGUUCAUCUUUUACUCAGCUAUCAUUAUAUAAUAUUUUUUAUAUAUUUUAUUUUUCUUAGUUAUAAAAAAGUAAUUGACACAUUGAAACAUUAUUGGAGAAUUAACUCUUUCGGUGCCAAUCGACAGUAUACUGUCCAUUUGAGUGGUCACGUUCGUGCCAACCCACAGUAUACUGUCGAUAUCAUUAAUGUAGUUUAUUUCGUUUCCUGUGGCUCUUAAUCCGACUUUUUUUGUUUUUAAACGAAGGAUAACUCUUACAACUUCCUUUCUGUUACAAGUAGGGCUUGUUUGCGAGUGUUUUUCUAAUAAUAUUUCGAUUUUUGUUGAAAAUUUUGUAAACAAAGCCAUGGCUACGCCCACUCCAAGCAUGUCAGUGUCAGCUGUUGCUAGACCACGGAGGUAGUCAAUUUUGCAAAUAAAAGAACUUUUAUUGCUAAUUAUUGAUGCUGAAACAACAGACAAUAACCAUGAAUCAUUUGAAUCUGAUUCCAAUGAUGAUUUUCAGCAUUCUGAAAAAAACACCCAGAUCAACUUUCUAGCUCAAGUAGUUCAAAAGUUAUGAAUUUUUUUCAAAACCACUUUGUUACUAUGGCAACAGUGAGGAUUCAGAUAAGAAUACUCCUAACGUUACAAAAAUGGGUAUAACUCCGUAACAAAAUGGAAUAUUUUCAAAAUGUAAAAUGCAUUAUGAUAAAAAAUGGAUAUACAUUUUGGGGAUUGAAGCAGAAUAGGAUAUCAGCAACACAGACCAUAUGGUAGUCUGAUAAGUUCAGAUUUUGUGUGCAAUUUUAAAAAUAAAAAAAAAUUUUAUCUCACAAUUUUACCUAAAAAAUUUAACUUAUUGUUGUUAUAUUGUUUUAUAUUUUACAUAUUAUUCUCUGUCUAAUUUCAUUUAAUUUGAUAUGAAAUAAAGCUAUCUUGCUAAAAGAAAUGUAUUCAAAAUUAAUUAAUAGAUAGGAGCACCCUAAAAAAUUGCCCAUGCCCGAAUACUGGUCUGGCACGAACGUGGAAAACCCCCUGGCAUGGAAAGAGUUAAACAAAAAAAAUUUAUGCAAAGUUUUGACACAAUUUUCACACAGUAUGAAGGAAAAAAAAUAUCCUUGUUAUAAAAGGUUUAAAAUUUAUUUAAAUAAAAUACUUCAUCAUCAAAUACAAUUCAUAGUCAAACAUGACAAACGUUCUAUGCACAAUCAAAAAGUUGUCAACAUUUUAGCAAAACCUAUAUUUUGUCUUUUUUAUUUUAAAAAAUGCACAAUAAUUUUUCUUUUAAUUAAAAUUGUUUUUACGUAAUAUAUUUUAAAAAAUGGGCCUCAUAGCUUAUAGUUAUAGAUUUGUAUAUUAAAUAUAUUUCUUAAUAAUUCUUGAGUAAAAGAUAACUAAGUAAAAUCUGAUGAUUAUAUAAAUAACUCAAAACAAUGUUUUUUUUUUAAAUUUUAAAAUAGCAGUAUUCCCUGAUGCUAAAGUUAAAAAAAAAAUUUAAUGUUGCAGUACAAUAAUGCUAAUUUUGAUAUUAACCCUUUACAGUCCGAUGCGCCCGAAAUGCGCCGAUUUUUUCCUUAAGCGUACAGUCCGAUGCGGCCAAACCCGCCAGUUUCGAGGUUGUUUACUUUCGUUCUUAGCACAGCGGAAGUCCAUUGCGCAUUACUAUUUAUAGUUCUACCGGAAGAAAGCCUCGUUGUCGGCAUUUAUUUCGAUACUAGUUUGACCGCGGUGUGUUUAGGGGCUGAUUUUCUAUGAUUAGCACAGCGGAAGUCCAUUGCGCAUUACUAUUUAUAGUUCUACCGGAAGAAAGCCUCGUUGUCGGCAUUUAUUUCGAUACUAGUUUGACCGCGGUGUGUUUAGGGGCUGAUUUUCUAUGAUUUUUUUAAAAGUCGCGAUUUUUUCGCUGUAAAAAAUGGCUAUCUAAGCUUUGGAUACACAUUUGAAAGAACUUAGGCCUAAUGAAGCUUCACUAUUUCAUGAGUGGGAGGGUCUCUGAAACUAUUUUUAGGUUUAACUUUUGCUUUAACUUUAAUCAUUUCUUUGUAUUUAGGUAUUUUUUAUUUUAUUUUGUUGCUUCUAGUUUAUUUUCUGAAAAUUAAUUAGAUAAAGAACCUUCAUUUAAAAUGGAGUAAGAACUUAGGCCUAAUGAAGCUUCACUAUUUCAUGAGUGGGAGGGUCUCUGAAACUAUUUUUAGGUUUAACUUUUGCUUUAACUUUAAUCAUUUCUUUGUAUUUAGGUAUUUUUUAUUUUAUUUUGUUGCUUCUAGUUUAUUUUCUGAAAAUUAAUUAGAUAAAGAACCUUCAUUUAAAAUGGAGUUAUGUCCCUUUGCUUGUGCGCUGGGAGUAGACAAGGCUGAAUAGGUUGGACUGUAAAGGGUUAAUGUAAAAAAUGAUCCAUUCCUCACUAAUGUGAUCUAUUUUUUCCCAUGUACCAGUAUUUUUAUAUAUCUUUGUUAUAAUCCUCACUUUACACAGGCGGAUAAACUACAGUAUUCCUUAAUUAUAUUUAUGGACUCUGCACAAAUAUUACUUCUUAAAAACCGGUAAAAACAAGGCUACAUCUCUGUUGCGCGUCGUAAACGACCUUCUGUCGUCUUGUGAUGAGGGCAAGGUAUCGAUUUUGUCUUUACUCGAUUUAUCGGCAGCUUUCGAUACACUCGACCACGGCAUAUUGCUCCAGCGUCUGCAACAAACGUUCGGUCUCACUGAUACCGUCCUGUGUUGGUUCCGAUCGUAUCUGACUAAUCGGGUGCAGUCAGUUAUUUCAAACGGCUUGACUUCGAAGAAAUCUAAUAUCGAAUUCGGAGUACCCCAGGGCUCGGUCCUAGGCCCAGUGCUUUUCACGAUGUACAUUCAGCCACUGGGCGCAGAGAUCAGGCAGUUUGACAUGUUGUAUCACAUGUACGCGGACGAUACACAACUUCAUCAAUCCGUGAUCCCUUCUCAGUUCCCUCAGCUGCUCAGUAUGACACAGAAGACAAUGGAGUCGGUUAAGCACUGGAUGACGAUAAACAAGCUCAAAUUAAAUGAUGAUAAGACUGAGCUGCUCCCCAUCGCGACCGCUCAGAAGCAAAAAUCUGCAAAUAACACUACAUCCAUUACUCUCUCAGGUGUGCGUAUUGAGUUAGCUCAAACAGUGCGGUACCUGGGUGUCUACCUAGAUGGAAGACUAACUUUUGAAAGUCAUAUUAACAUGCUAUGCAAGGCGAUUUUUCUAGAGCUGCGCAGGAUUAGUCACAUCAGGCCCUUCCUAACAAUUGAUGCAACAAAGAGGCUGAUGUCUGCAUUUGUGCUAUCACGCAUGGACUAUUGCAAUGCUCUUAUGGUGGGUCUUCCAGCUACGCUCCUGGAUAAAAUUCAAAUAGCACAGAAUAAUGCGGCUCGCAUUGUUCUCCGCAAACGCAAGUUUGACCAUGCAAAAACACUUCUGAGAGAGCUGCACUGGCUGCCAGUGCGUGCUCGCAUGGAGUACAAAAUCGCAACUUUGUGCUACCGCUGCUUACAUGACCUGGCGCCGUCCUAUCUGAAAGAGCUGCUGACGCCUUAUGUACCCACUAGAGAGCUCCGCUCAUCCGAUAGUGGCAAACUCUCGACACCACGUGUUUGCCUUGAGACUUACGGAAAGCGCACUUUCGCAUUUGCUGGUCCAACAAUUUGGAAUGCCCUUCCUGUCGAUCUCAGAAACAACCAGACACUGGAGUCCUUUAAAACCGAUUUAAAGACACAUCUAUUUCGCAAACACCUUCUGGGAUGAUUGUCAACAUUAUUUUCCAGUUAAUGCAUAAUGGCUGUGUUGCUUAUGGUUGAAAUGGCUAGAAAGACUUUGCCAUUGUAUGCUUGUACUUAGUUUUUGUCGUGUUGCGUUUGUUUUAAAUGUGGUAAACUAUAGAUUUGUUGUUUUUUUUUUACUUUGUACCGCGCUUCGAGCCUUUGGGGAUGAAGCGUGUUUUUGAAAUGAACUUUAUUAUUAUUAUUAAAAUAGUCUGCAGUUUUAUUAUAAUAAUUAUAUUUGAUAAAUAAGAGCUUGCCCUGGACUUGAUUUCCACAUAAGAUUAGGUAAGAUUUUUCACCACAGAAUAUUCGCUCAAUAAAGAACCUGUGAAAAAAAAAAAUUGAUUGAUUCAUAAAUAAACACUAAUGCUAUCAGUAAUGGUAUGCUAUCAGUAAGGGAAAAUACCAUUAAUCCUAGUCCAAAUGCCUAAAAAUAAAAUUAAACCAUUGUACAUAGGAAAUACAUUAUAACAUAUAUUAUAACAAUAUUGUGAGUUUAUUCUUUAUGCAUUUUUCUACCAAGUGAUUAGAUUAAAACUUACCACCACUUGUUUUUCGUGUAAAAUCUUUAAAGAUAUUCAUCCAGUAACUGUAACUCAGUAAAAGUAUGCAAUAUUAGAAAAUUUAGAAGAUUAUUCUUGGCUGUAACAUAUUUUAAAGAAAUAUAUUUAGUUAAUAACUCAGAAGUCCUUAACUUUAAAUUUAUUUUAAUUCCGCAAGUUCCCAUUUGCCGCGAUUUAAAAAACAAAAUUAUUUCGCAUAGCGACGCUAUUUAUUUAUUAUAUAAUUAUUGAAACUCAAUGAAAUUCAAAUAUAAUAUAUCAAUACAAGUAUAAACGGAUAAUGUAUACUUCAGCCAAUUAAAAUUAUAAAAAUAUCACUUUGUUUUAUUAUUAAUUUUAAAGUCCGGAAAUUAUAUUUAAAAUUAAACUUACUUGUAUACAAUAGCAUUAGUCGGUACUUUAAAUGCAAAUCGGGAUAAAUUUCAUGAUGAGAGUCUCCAUUUGGAUACAUUACUUUAGUAAAACAAAUAACUCCUUGAUAAAUCGGGAAAUUAAAAUCAUAUGACAAUAUUCAUGAAUUUAUGAAUUUUUAUUUUUCAAAAUUAAUUCAUACAAAAAUGAGCAGACGCACAAAUGGUUGAUUCUGGGUUUGCGGUAAGGCCGACGAUGUGUUCCAUGGCUUACACGGAGGUUUCCCCAGGUCCACUUCCGUCUCUAGCGCCGUACUACAGUACUAAAAAGAUUUUGAUGUUUGUAUUCACAUUUCUUAAUGCAAGUUAUUUUAUUCUUAUUUUAUAUUUUUGUUAAAUUGGGGAGGGGUUUCUACUCCCUAGAGGAUUUCUUUCUUUCUUAUUUUUGGUAUUUAAAAUGGGAGGACGGGUCUCCCCAGUCCCUAGAAGAUCAUUCCAAAUGCACUUUUGUUACUGAAGUUUCAACAUAUUAAUAUGGCACAUGGGUAUUUUGAUUGUCAAUUAAUCAAAAUACAGCACUUUUGGCGCACAUAUUUUUUUUCACCGGUGUUGGUUCUUGGGGUAUCGGCAAGGAUGUGUUUCUUUACUCCUUGCUUUUGAAACAUGUAAGUUGAAUUUUAAUACAAAUUAAUGGAAAAUUUCAUUUUAAUAUACUUCAUAUUAACCGUAUCGUUCAUGACACGAAAUAUGCUCAAUAGAGAACAGGAAUGUUAUAACACACAUGAUUUGGGUCCUACAAUUAAUAGGUCUAUUCACCCAAAGUCCAGUGUUGGGAUUCCCCAAAGUGACGUCACUGCGCUUAGGGUGAGACAACUCUUGGCAAAACGCAUACUGUUAACCCAAAAUUUACUGCACAAUUUGACAAAUUAUGAAAAGGGAGACAAAAAUUCAAUUUUAGUGUUACUUAAUUUUUAAAACAUCCUAAAAAAUUAUCUUUAACAAGUUCGAAAUAUUAGUUCGAGAUAAUGAUCAAGGCCAUCUAAAGUUUAUUAUUGUGAAAUUGGCUGACAGAGGAUAAAUUAUAACUAACUAGAAUUAUCUUAACCAAGUAUGGUCACAAAACAUGAACAUUUUAGAGAAUUUCUAAAAAUCGCAGAAAAUUAACCAAGUGAGAUGUCUAAAUAAACUUUUAAUCAUAUUGUAGAAACUGAUAAUGUUGUUAAAUAAAUGUUAAUUAGAAAUCAGCAGGUUAAAAAAUAUAAAUAAUGCUUAAGAAAUGUCUUUAAAAUAAAAUUAGAAUUUACAACAUAAUUUGUAUAAAUUUAGUUAAGAAAGCUGCAGUUGAAUACUGGCAGUAGAAAUUAUAUGACAAAGUAGACAGUAGAUAAACCUAUAAUAUAAGUUGUUUGAAGUCUGAUGCUCCUAUUUGAAUUUGCAUGUCUGAAUGAGUCGGGGAACAUUUCCUUACACUGUUUCAGGCCAAAUUUCCACAAUUCAUAAAUCAACAACCUGUGAAAAUUCCAAAAAAGAAUUUUAUUAUAAAUUAUUAUGAUUUUAAUAGUUAACUGAACUUGGCAUUUAUGAUCAUGUCAUUGCUUGCAAUGUCAUAAAUAACAUUAUUUUAAUAUGGGUAUUACCCGUAAUAGUUAACUUAUAAUUUAUGAUCAUGAUUUUAAUUGUAAUAUUUAACUUAGACUUAGAAUUUAUGAUACUAUCUUUGCUAUGAAUGUAAUAACAAAAUACACAAAUAAUUUUACUGCAACUAACUUGCACCAGUGGAUAGCUAACAUGUUGUUGCUGACAGUCUGUUUUGAACUUAGUCUUAUGGCAGUGUAUUGACAACUGAACCUUCCUUUUCUUGUGUUCGAUAUUGAUAUCUGUCCCAGGUUUACAAACAAGAUUUUUAACCCACGAACUGUGCUUCUGUGCUGUGCAGGCAAUUUAGAGCUUUUUGGGUGCUUUUUCACAUUAAUAAAAACACACAUUGUUAAUUUGGUAGGGCUGAGCCCGUUGCAGUUUAUUACAUUCUAUUCCUUGUCCUGGUGUAAUAAAAACAAAUGGUUAUCUCUCAAUUUCUAUAAUUUUUUUCACACCAUGGGAAGAAGAGAAAAGUGUAGUAUCCCCGUUUCCGUAUUUUUAGAGUAGUGUCAAUAGGAAACAAGUCUAUCACUGUAAAUAUUUAAAAUAAAAUUUUAAAUAGGUAAAAUGCCCCCUUUUUUCAAAUUUCUGAAAUCCUCAUGCUACCCCUGGCAUUUUUUUAGGCGAUCCAGAGGGGGUUGUGACCCAUAGGUUGAGAAGUACUGACAACAUAAAAUAAUCAUUAAACAAACAUGGAGCAGAGCUGAGCUAGAUUUUAUGCAUUCGUGUUGCUGGUUACUGUUUGGUAGUAUGGAAGCUGCUAAUAUGCAGAUCCUGGCUCAACCGUGGUAAUUAGGCUUAUAAUAAUACAUGCCAACUUUGGGGACCAAAACCUAUACAAAAAGUCCCAAAAAAGUGUAAAAACAGCAUGAAAAAUUAAAAAUCGAAUAAAGUAUGAUUAUAACUUAUAGCUUUUUCAUAAUUUUUACCAAUGUUUUGAAUACCUGAAUAAAAAGUGAAUUAUCUCCCCUUCGCUGCCCACACAUUUUGGCUAAAUGGGAUUUUAAAAUAAAAAUAGCUUGUUUUAAGUCAAAUUUUUAUUACAUUUUUUUUACAUUGGUUACUAGCAGUUUUAAUUUAAAAAAUAGGGAGUUAGAUGAAUUUGAUAGCAAUUUAGAUGUAAGUUAUUGAUUUCUAUUUACCAUCAACAUUUAACCUCAUUUUUCACCGUACAUUACUGAAGGAAAUUGUCAUGAGGAUAGUUUUUUUUUUUAAAACUCUAUACAAUAUGUGAAUAGAAAAUGUUAAUAGAAUGUUUUUAGGUGGAGUAAAAUAAUGAAUACAAAAGUAAUAUGAUAUAGUAUAGCUUACAACGAAGAUCACACACGCUUUUAGUUUAGAAAGCAUCAUCAUGUUAAAUUAAGCCAUGCGAUUGUAAUAAAUAGGAAUAAUGAGUAAUGUUGGUCAUUAAUAGUAAUAUUAAAUAAAUUUAUUUAAUAGAAGUUCAAAAAGCACUUGCUAACACUGCAGUUCUUGUAAUUGAUUGAUUACACAAAAAGAUUUUUAAUUGUUGUUUACUAAUCAAAGUAGUUACUGCUGUACUACGUGGUCUUAGUAUUGCCCAGUAAUGAAUAUCAAUGAAACUGCACUGUUUCUAAAUUUAGAUGGCCAAUGAGUUUUAAGGUCCCUUUUUUCCAGGAUUUACAGAGUAUGGGUAAACGGUUCAGGUUGGCAUGUAAGCCUAUAAUUUACAUCCUCAAAAAUGUUUGUUUUAAAUUUAUUUUAUAUAUUUUAUAUACCAGUAUUAUGGACUAAAUCUGAGAAGCAUAUGCUUGUCAUAUAUCUACUUAACUUAAAUUUAAAAACGUUUAAUUAUGCUUAUGGUUUCCUAAAUAGUUUUGGCAUGUCUUCUGGAAUUUAUAUUUUUUAAAAACGUAGUUAAAAACUGCCAAAAUAUAAUAAUAAUUUUUUAGGGCCAAAAUCAACAUCCAAAUUUUCUUUUUAGCUUUUGACCUACUUUCAACAUUUUAUUUUCCGCCAUGAGACGGAAACCAACCCCCCCCCCCCCCCCCCCCCCCCCCCCCCCCCCCCCCCCCCUAUAAAAUCCUUUUUUUUUUUUCUUCAAAAUUUUUGUGGCCCUCGAAAAAUUUAUGAAUGGCAAAAAGCCCACACUGUCGCUGGCCUAGAUGACAAAAAAAUUUUGACUAGGAUUUUAAUUAUAGCUAUUAUAUAAAGAUGUUUUACACAAACAAAAAAAUAGUGCCUUUACAAACUUAAUCUGAAACUCUUGGUUAAUUUUCCAUAUUCCUUUGUUAAAAUUUGUGAAAUGUUUAAUUUUUAAAAUAUUAAUUAAAAUAUUAAACUAUAGGCUCUGGGGCCUGAUGACUAAUAUUUAAUAGAAACUGCCAACCGAAAAGUUCAGUGCAUCUCUUUAACAAAUUCACACUCUUGUAAAGUUGUUUAUUUUUAAUUAUUUUCAGAAAAAAAACAAUGGGGGAUCCUGAGAAGGGUAAGAAAAUUUUUGUGCUAAAAUGUGCUCAAUGUCAUACCGUAGAGGCUGGCGGCAAACAUAAGACUGGGCCCAAUCUUCAUGGUUUGUUUGGAAGGAAAACUGGUCAAGCUGCAGGAUUUUCAUACACACAAGCAAAUAAGAACAAAGGUAACAUUGUUAUUUCAACCUCAUUUCUUCUUCAGAGUGUUAUAUUAUAUCUAUUUUGAAAUAUAUUAUAUCUAUUUUGAAAUAUGUAAUAUCUAUUUUCAUAUCUUUCAUAAAAUAUAUUAAAUUUAUGGUACUAAAAUUCAUACUCGAAAAUCAUGUAUCUUUUUCAGUUUCUAAUAUUUAUUUAGGCUUAACAGAAAUAAUUGUAAUUAUGUCUUGCUUAACACGUGACCCUUUAUUUCCACAUAGCGUAUAGAGAGUUUAAAAAGCUCAUCUCCAUGUCCAUUAGGUUAUAGGACAGUAAACUAAAUAAUGUUAUGAAUUUGGAAAUAAAGGUUAAAAUCGGUCCACGCCAAUCAGCAUCAUGUGGAUAUCACUUUAUUGUGUUAAUGUGAUUAAUGUUGAAAUUACUUUUUUAAAAUUUAAUUAAGGUGACUAUACUUAUACUUAAAGUGCUCCAUAUAGGGAGAGAUUUAUUGUUUAAUUUUUAAAUUAAAUUUCAGGAAUUACCUGGGAAAAAGAUACCCUAUUUGAGUACCUUGAAAAUCCUAAAAAGUACAUACCUGGAACUAAGAUGGUGUUUGCAGGCUUAAAGAAGAAAGAUGAGCGUAAUGACCUUAUAGCAUACCUAGAAGAAGCUACUAAAUAAUAAAGUAUUCCACUAGCUGGCAGUUUACUAUGUAUUUACUACAGGAUAUCUGGACAAACUACUUUUUUUAUAUAGAGAUAUAUAUUUAUGAAAUUUUGGUGACUGUUGAACUUGCUAUGAAAGUUGGUUUGUGUAGAUGAGUCACUGUUGACUACCGAGUAUUAGAUAUUUAUUGACAUGUUUUGUUUGUAUUGCUUCCUCAAAUUUAAGUUUAAGUAUUUAUAACAAAAAUAUGACUAUUACUGAGCAAUCCUGUUUGGAAAGAUGAACAUAAAUAAAAAAAAAAUAAAGAUCUUACUGCAUUCUAAUACUUUUUCCAUCAUUGCUGUUCUCUAAUUGACGGUGAAGAAUUGAGACUUCAACUCAUAUUUGUUAAAAUAUAAUAAAUAAAAAAAAAGAGGUUGCAUGAAAACAUGUUUAUUUUGUUUAUUUACUUUUGUUUUAUUGGUUAAACUAAAAAAUGUGAUGUUUAAGCUGCUGUCAUGUUUGUUAUGAACUAUUAAGGAUCAUAGACAUUUAAAUGAUAAAUCAUAAGGAUUUGACAUCACUUUUAAUUUAAAGAAUUUUAAUUACAUACUGGUAGUUCAUAUGAGUUUGCUGUCCUUGUUAAAUGUAUUCAAAUUAGAAUAAAUUGUUAAAUACCAAUUAAGCUGUUACUGUUUGGUACCCUACAGUAAAGUGUGACAAGCCUUUUGAAAUAUAAUUUGUUGUUCAAUACCUGUUGACCAAAAACAGAAGUUAGAAAUUUUAACAAUUUUAAUUCAACAAAAAAUAAAUUAAUUGAAAUAAGUUUAUUUUCAACUAACCCAAUUAUAUUAUAUAACAUUCAAGUAAUGCAACUGUACAUGUAUUUCGAAAGUUAAAAAAAAAAGUAUUAUAGUUAAAGUGGGAAAAGCACAUUUUCAUAGAUUUUGCUAAUGUCAUUUUGUUUAAGUUUAUUAUUAUAUAAGGGAGGGUCUUUCUAUUGAUAAAUAUAAAAUGGCACACUUGUUUAAAGUUUAUUAAUUAUUAUAACAAUGGAGUCAAGUUUGAAAAACAAACUAUUCCAUUAUCAUAUUAUAAUGAGACAAAAUUAAGGCAUAAAAACAAUUAUAAUUUUACAAAAUAAUGCUGAUACUGAUUAAUGUUCCUGCUGAAAAGUUCAGAAGUAAUGUGCAAUUUAGAUUACCUGUAAAUUAUUUGUGUUAAAGUUAUCGAGAUUAAUUUCAAACAAAAAUUUAGAAUGAAGAUUAAACCUUUGGUAAGUAGAUCUCGAAGAGU